ACCGCCGCCUCCUCCUCCCCUCCCGCCCCCUGCAGUGAGUGCAUACUGGUCAGUGUACCGGUGGUAUCCGCCGCCGUUGUUCCACUCCCGACUCCUCCCGUGCUCCUGUGAUGGUGAAGAGGCGAAACACCGGCUGCUGUGCUUCACACGACAGGUAGCCUCCUAGGAGGCGAGUCCCGAUGCCAUGGCCUCCAGCCACAGCUCCUCCCCAGUGCCUCGUCCCGGUGGUGGAGGCCGAGAUGGGAUCUAUCGCAAGGAUCGGGAUCCCUCCCCCCAUCGCUGCUGGCCCGUCCGCUCCCUGCCUGACGUCUGUCCCAAGGAGCCAACUGGUGAGGGGCGGGGCCUGUGUGACGGCCCGUCCGUGGUGGCGGAGCACGACAGGUGGACGGUGUACAGCUCGAAGGUGAACCUCCCCGCCGCGCUGAACGACCCCCGGCUCGCCAAGCGGGAGUCCGACUUCUUCACCAAGACGUGGGGCCUGGACUUCGCAGAGACUGAGGUGAUGCCCUCCUUCUACCUCCCCGUCGUCACCAGGGAACACUUCGGGCCCUACCUGCAGGAGACGGCUCAGAGGGAAAAAAUCCACGAACGCUGCAAGACGAUCUGUCCCAACAAAGACGACGUGGACGCCGUCUCCAGUAUCACCACCAACCACGACAAAUCCAGAGCUGAGCUGGAACAAGUCCCAAAGAUCUUCAUGAAGCCUGACUUUGCUCUGGAGGACCCGGCCACCUUCAACACCGUCCUGCCCUGGUCGCACUUCAACAGCGCUGGAGGGAAGAGCAGCAGAGACGUGGCCUCCUCCAAACUGCUGCAGGAGAAGUUGAGUCACUACCUGGACGUGGUGGAGGUGAGCAUCGCCCGGCAGAUCUCCCUGCGCUCUGAGGCCUUUUUCCACGCCAUGUCCUCACAGCACGAGCUCCAGGACCAGCUGCAGGAGACGCAGCGGGCCGUCGCCGUCCUGCGGGGACGGACCGCCGCCAUGGACCGAGUCAUGUGCCAGGGGCCUCUGCGGGCCCUGCGCACCGCUCUGACCCGCAACAACUGCGUGAAGCUGCACAACAAACUGAAGCUGAUGGCGGCCGUGCAUCAGACGCAGCCCACCGUGCAGCUGCUGCUCUCCACCUCCGAGUUCGUCGGAGCGCUGGAGCUCAUCGCCACCACCAAGGAGGUGCUGCAGCAGGAGCUGCAGGGAAUCCACAGCUUCAGACAUCUGGGCUCCCAGCUGUGCGAGCUGGAGAAGCUGAUCGAUAAGAUGAUGGUGGAGGACUUCAGCAUGUACGCCCGGAGCGACCUGAACCGCUGCCUGAGGGACGAGCCGCAGGUCCUGGAGAAGGAGCGUCUGGAGUCGCUGGUGUUCGGCCUGCUGAGACAGAGGAAGCUGGACUUUCUGGAUAUUUACAGCGAUGAGAUGAUCUUGGCCGCUAAGGCCAUCGUCACUCAGUGUGUGGCAGAUAGUGUUUUGCAAAUAGAAGAAAUCGACACUGAUGUCGUCACCAAGCUAGCUGACCAGAUGCGUCUGAUGACGUUCCCUCAGUGGUUUGAGCUGCUGAAAAACGUCUUUGAAAGUUUCCUUCUCUACCUGCAAAGAAUCAAGGCCACCCUGAGCGUGAUCAGAAACGUGGUUCUGGAAGUUCUGGACUCAAGCCAGAGGAACCAGCUCCUAGAAGAGGCAAGUUCAGGAGCUUCAGGCCAGGAGUCCUCGCAGGGCCCGUCACUCCUGGAGGGGGAGGCCGAGCUGGCCUACCUCACCCAUGAGGGUCUGUUCAUCAGCGACGCUUUGAACGACGCCCAGCAGCAGCAGCAGCAGGUGGUGGCCCAGGAUCAGAGCUCUGUGAUAGGCUCCAGGAUCCAGCAGGGCCGGACGGAGGCACCUGGCAAUGACUUGGCCUCUGGGCCGCAGAGACCUACGUCAGCCGAGAGCAGAGCUUCAUGUAUUGUGUUUGCGUUCAGGUCCGGUGAGAACAUGAUGCCCACUGAGCUGGAGAUGAACCGUGUGAUCAACAACAUCCAGGAGCUGAUGUACACGGCCUCAGACGUCAGCCACGACCGCUGCGUCAAAGUCCUAACGGCCAGAGCUAAAGACGGAUCUCUGGAGCGUUUGAGCUCAGCGGAGUUCGUGUGCCUCUCCCAGGCGGUGGAGGCUUUUGUCAGGGACACGGAGGAGCUAUGCGGCAGGCGCAGCGUCUCCCUGAGGGGGGCGCUGCAGAGCCAGGCCAACCGCUUUGUCCACCGCUUCCAUGAAGAACGAAAGACCAAACUCAGCCUCCUCCUGGAUAACGAGCGCUGGAAGCAGGCGGAGGUUCCUGCCGAGUUUCAGGAUCUCGUCAACUCCAUCGCUGACGGCAGAAUAACACUACCAGAGCGCAAAACUCCAGGUCCAGAUGACAGGAAGCCCACCGAGUUUCUGCUCGUCAAUGGGCAGAAAUACGCUGUCGUUGGGACGGUUCUGCUGCUGAUCCGGAUCUUUCUGGAAUACUGUCAGUGCGUCAACGACAUCCCAUCCAUCGCCACCGACAUGCUGACACGUCUGUCGGACCUCCUUAAGCACUUCAACUCUCGGAGCUGCCAGCUGGUUCUGGGAGCCGGGGCGCUGCAGGUCGUCGGCCUCAAGACCAUCACCACCAAAAACCUCGCGUUAGCUUCCCGCUGCCUGCAGCUGGUGGUUCACUACAUUCCCAUCAUCCGAGCUCACUUCGAAACCAAACUGCAGCCCAAACAGUUCAGCGUCCUCAGACACUUCGACCACAUCACCAAGGACUACAAUGAUCACAUAGCUGAGAUCUCAGCCAAGUUGGUGGCCAUCAUGGACAGUCUGUUUGAGAAGGUUCUAUCGAAGUACGAGGUGAAGGCUCCGAUGCCGUCGGCCUGCUUCAGAAACGUCUGUAAACAGAUGGCGAAGAUGCAUGAAGCCAUUUAUGAACUCUUACCUGAGGAACAGACUCAGAUGUUGUUUCUGAGGAUAAACGCCAGUUUUAAAAUGCACCUGAAGAGGCAGCUGGCUCGACUCGGGGUCGUUAAUGACGGAGGACCGCAGCACGGGUUGGUGGUGGUGGACGUCGCCUUCUACACAGAGAACGUCCAGGCGCUGAAGAGCCUCGAGCGGCUCGACCUGAACAUGGCUGAGAUCUGGGAGCAGAAGAGGUGAUGGAGAGGACGGAGUCUGGACCGGUCCAGGACCGACUCGACCGACCGACUCGGCGGCAACGACACAGGGGGCUGACCCCGGGGGCCCGACGGCGGCCGGCUGAGGGCGGAGGAGGCCCGGAGGGACCAAAAACCACAAAACUGGAGAAGGAGAGCAGCAACACACCCGGGGCUUUCUGCUGAACAGCUCCACCUUAACAGACUUAAUCAAGUAACAAACAGAGCCUCCUUAAAAACUGCUGCCACCUCAUGUCACUGUGUGCAAUUCAACAGGAAUACUAGUAAAUUAUUAGAGACAGUUUUAGUGGGAGCGCAGGCUGUAGAUAAUGUUUCAGAAAUGGCGGGGUAAUUUAUUUUUCUGUCGUCUUGAGAACAGUCGAUACCGUGGCUGACUCUUUUCUCCAGCGGGUUGCGUCGUCGGAGCCGAAGGAAAUUUUUAACAUCGACAAACGCUGAACUUUUCUGCCGAGGAUUCAAGAGGAAAAAACGAUGUUUCCUCACGGUGUUUCCAAACCUCAUCCAGCCGCUGGUUUCUGCUUCACUCACUGUGGCGACGGCUUGAAACUGGAUUCUUACAUUUUUAUACAGAAAACAAGAAUAUUCUCCAGACUUUUGUUCAAGGCCUGGAAAUCCAGGAAAAACCCCUGACGAAGCAGGAGCCGACAGAAAGCUGCAGCCGAGGAGUUAAAGCCCUGAAAUAUUUAGACAAACACAAUCUGUGAACGCAUCACAACUCUCAGCUACAUCCUGUCGUUACCAAAGUAAAACAGUUUCUAAUUCAGGAAAUCAGCUCCUCCGCUGCAUCUCUGUCCCUUUAAACAAUCCAAUCAUGCAUUAAGUGAUGAUCCAGAGACGAAGCUAAAGAUGUAAUUUUUUUUUUUAUUAAAUAAAUGUCGAGGAGUUUGACUGCAGAACAUGAAGCAUGAAUAUCAGCUGUUAAACUACUGUUCUCCCUCCUACUGUACUUUGAUUUAACCUGCAUGAGCUUUUUGUUUCCUCCAAGGCUGAAACGACACAGGACGGAACAGAAAAUCAGAUUUAUUUAUUUUAUUUUUUAAAUGUGUAAACUGGAUGAUUCGUCCUCUGAGAAAAUCAGUCAAAGCUGUUAAUCACUCAUUAGAUUCUGGGCUUAUCGAGCGUGAAACCACCUCCUGAGUCAGUGGCGAUCACCUGUUUCUGCCACACCUGGUGCCAAAGUGCAGCAGAAAUUUAGAUUUUCUGUUCCUGUGUGACGUUCGGCUCCAACCAGACAAAACUAAACUGUCCAGCUGUGGUCACAUCACCUCCACCUCGGUCCCUGAACUAACACUACACACUGAGGUUAUUUUUAAAGAUGCAUCGAACUGCUUCUUUAAUCAUCUGAAGCAGGUUUAUUGUAGAGAAAAGAUGCGACACAAUUAACUCAAAUUACCACAACAAUGGCCGCUCUCUGUGUCUGCACUUUAAGGACAGACCUGCUCGGAUUAAUCCUGGUCUUUUGGGGGUUUUUUAGUCGCAGUAAGUCGGAGAGUCGAGGUUCGAUGUGACCGCAGCUUCAGUUUCCUGUCAGAGAACAAAAAGCAUCAACUAUCAUCACUGUCCGCUUCAGAAGUGCCUACUUUUGAUCGACCUGUCAGAGACGACACAUCUGAGCUCUCCACUACAGUGUGCCUACCAUACCACUGUGUGUGUGUGUGAGUGAAUGAAUGAGUGAGCGAGCGAACGAGUCGACCCUCUCUCUUUGUUGGGUGUGAACGAGUCGAGCAGCAUGUCUGAGAACCCAAACUGUCUUGAAUCCUUCAAACCUGCUGUGAAUAAAACAGGAUGAUGGAG